UUAAUUCAAGCAUUUUAUCUCUAUAAUACGUAAAUAUUCAAGGCUUUUCAUGCUCGUGCAAGCUAAAACUCUGAGUCAUUAAAUGGAAAGAAAUCCCUUAAAUUUCCAGAGAACUCGGAAGGAGUAUCAAUUCCAUUGAUUUCCCUCCAAAAUGUCGAAUUUCAAUUUAUGCAUUAUUAUCAUUUCAAACAUCUUUCUUACAAAUGGAGAAUCUUUGGUGAAAGGAAGUACUGAACUAAAAACCAGUGACAUUGACAUUUUAAGACAACUGAUAAAUCAGGAGACUUUAUUCAGAAUAGCUUUGACGAAAGACAUCGUUAAACUUCAGGAGAACCUUGAAUCUAAACAGGUUCAAUCCACGAAAGAAGACAGAGUUUGUUCGAAAAACAUUAAGGUAAUGGAAGAGGGGACUUUAUUCAAUUUAGCAAAGAUGAUUGAAGAAAAUGGAAGCAACAAAACCGAAGGAAUGAGCAAUGGCAAUGGAACAUCGUUGGUGGACAUGCUUGCGAAAUUAUCAAAUGGAAUAACAGUGUUAUUGAAUCAUCUUGAAAAUUAUGAAAAUACUAGUAUAUCUUUUAACAUGAUGCAAAACCAAUCUGAAGGGAACCAGAAUUUUGAGGAUGUAAAAAUGUUUUCAACGAUGCUGUUGAAACGCCUUGAAAUUCUCGGAAAUAUAACUGUUUCUAUGGAGGAAAAACUUGAUUCCAUGCAUAACGAUAUAGCAGCCUUAAGAACAAAGUCUUAUUCUUUGGAUGAAAAAUUCCGUGACUGUGAAGGUAUACUAAACAGCGAUGGGAACCUCAAGAAUCGAGAUGGAGUUUACCAGAUUUAUCCGGAUUUGGUCACACCUAAGGCAGUUUUCUGUGACAUGACAACACGAGGAGGGGGCUGGACGGUUAUACAAAAAAGGUCUGACGGCUCCACAUAUUUUCAAGAAGAUUGGGAGGGCUACAAAUCAGGCUUUGGUAAUCCAUAUAAGGAAUACUGGCUAGGCAACCAUGCUAUUCAUCACAUAACAAGUAAUACAAACCAAGUUCUGAGAAUAGAUCUGGAGAAAUUCACCGGAUCCACUGUCUAUGCCAUUUAUUCGAUUUUUUCGAUCAGCAGUGAAUCUGACAAGUACAGACUUUCAAUCAGCGGAUACAGCGGAAAUGCAGGAGACAUGAUGAUAAAACCUCAUAACCUGAAUGGGAUGUCUUUCACAACGAGGGAUCGUGACAAUGACAUGAACGUUCUCUCGAACUGUGCAGUGGUUAAUAGUAAUGGAUGGUGGUACAAUCAGUGUGCAUACUCUGGACUUAAUGGGAUCUAUAGAUCUUCAAAUGUUAAAGCCUACAAUGGUCUGUUUUGGGGAAUAGACUUUGAAAACAUGAAGACAACCAGAAUGAUGAUUAGAAGCAGAGCUUAAGAAGUGAUCUUAAGAACAGA